AUGCCUACCUACUCGAGUACCAGGAACAGAAAUGAGCUUUCACCAGAGAUUAACGCACUUGUAAAGAAAAUGAUGGUCCCUUCUUUUCAAUCCUUGCGUAAAGGAAGAGUAACUGACGAGAUUAUGGGCGACAUUUCCUUCAAAGACCUUGGCAACACGCCGCCAGAGAUUGACGAUCCGCCCCCACUCGAAUAUGAUAUUAAGGAUACUUUAACCAGCUCUGGUAGAACAAUAGAUCGGAUUAAGCGUAGGGUAUUGGCUACACGGCGUGAAGUUUGCUUCUACCAUCCCUUAAAGUACGACGAAAGAUACGAAGAAUAUUUAAAAAAAAGAGCUCUUCUCUCUCAAAUUUGUGCGGCACCUGAGUGUCAUGUUUUCAAUUCUUAUCAGUAUUCUGGCAAGUUCAAAAGAGAGGGGUUCAAGAAGAAUUGUCAAAACUCAGGGAAAAACUGCAGGACCGUCUCCCAAGAAGGCAAAACAGUAGAUCAGCCGUUGAUCAUGUACAAUCUACAUGAGAUUCCACUGGUUUACCAGAAACCUCAACUCGCUCGAGCUAAUAGUGAAUACCUUCGUAUGUUUGCACUUCAAAACUUGAUGUGUCUUAACGGUAAGCUAACAGCGAUUACUGCCCCGAUAGUUCUUGAGCCCAAGAGAAAGUCAUUGAAAUCUGAGGAAUGCUUUGGCAUUAGGCCACGCCUGAGUUCAGAGAAAGCACACUUAUGGUCCCGGAUCACAUGCCAUGAGUACUAA